AGACAGAAUACUAACAACUAGCACAAUAGCCCUAAACUGCGAUUAAAAAUAACGUUAUCUUCAUCUGUUUACAUCCUGUAAAAAGUGCAUUUGGGUGCUUAACAUAGAAGGUGAACAAAGGGUUUUGCCUCAGAGCCAUUCAUUCAACUGAACAGAAUUUGGAGUCUCUCUUGGAAUAGGGCUCCAAUUGGCUACAGGAUUUAGAACUCUUUCAAGCCAGUUCACUGUCCUUUGAGCAGUUUUCCCCAACCCCACAGAAAAAUCCAUUAGAGGCGUGGAAAGAGAAGCCGAGGGCUUCCUACGUGACGAACUGGGAGGAGAUUGGCCGAGGCCCCGCCUGCCUGUCCCUUUAGUUAAAGGAAGCGCCUACAACAAGCUGGCAAUGUGAUUGGAGUGCGCAUGCGUGUGUUGCCGGGCUCCGGAAGUCGCGUUUGAGCAGGCUGAAAACAGUUACCUGGAUUUUCAGUGUUUCGUGGGGUUUCGGUAAAUCUGUAAAGGGAUUCUCCACAGAGUAAUGUCUUUGGCCUCAGUAGCACCUUAUACAUACACAUCCCUAAAUCUACUUAAGGAAGGCACUUUUGUCAAUGUCUGUGGUGUUGUGAAGUUCUUUAAGCCUCCGUACUUAAGCAAAGGAACAGAUUAUUGUUCUGUUGUAACAAUUGUGGACCAGACAAAUGUGAAGUUAACGUGCAUGCUCUUUAGUAGAAACUACAAUGCCCUUCCCAGCAUUUAUAAAGUUGGAGACAUUAUUUGCAUCCGUGGGCUGAAGAUCCAAGCAUAUAAAAAUAAGCUUCAGGGAAUCAGCAAGAUUGGUUCUGCAUCUUUGACAUUUGAUGGCACCGUAGGGGCUCCUGUCAUACCUCGUACUUUAAGCAAGACCUUUAACUUCACUGCUCUGGACCACAAUAUGGUAGAAGCCUUGCGGACUUGGGCAUCCACACACAUUUCAACUUCUGCCAACUUACUGCAGCUUUGUGAUACUCAACCCAUGAAGUAUUAUGACCUGACUUGUCAGCUCCUGGGCAAAGCAGAAGUGGAUGGAGUGUCGUUUCUUCUAAAGGUAUGGGAUGGCACCAGGAUGAAGAUUCCCUCUUGGAGAGUCUGCAUACAAGAGGUUGCUUUUGAAGGUGACUUAAGUCACAUUCUGCGCCUACAGAAUCUGGUGGUGGACAUUGUCGUGUAUGAUAAUCAUGUCCACGUGGCAAAAUCCCUAAAGAUAGGAAGCUUCCUUAGAAUCUACAAUCUUUAUACCAAACUUCAGCCAGUUAAUUCAGAGUCCACAACUUCUUUGGUAAGACUCCAGUUUCAUCUUCAUGGAGGAACCAGCUAUGGACGUGGGAUCAGAGUCUUACCAGAAAGUAACUCUGACGUGGAUCAGCUGAAAAAAGCUUUAGAAUCUGUAGAUUUGGAAGCUAUUCAGACCUCAGAUGAUACAGACAAUGUGGAGAAUUGUUUAUCAUCUUCAAGCUCUGAAUCAGACUUAGUUUCCCUGUGUGAGGUGGAAAGAUGUCAACAUCUCUAUGCUACAACACUCACUAAUUACCAUUAUUUAGAGAAGACAUCAUUGUGUGCCAUUUUGAAACAAAGAGCUCCUCAACUAUAUCGAAUCAGAGCAAAGCUAAGAUCGUACAAGCCCAGAAGACUUUUACAGUCUGUUAAACUUCUUUGUCCUAAAUGUCAUUUAUUGCAAGAAGUUCCAUGUGAAGAAGAUGUGGAUAAAAUUUUGCAAGAUGCUACAGUCACACCUCCAGACUGCAAGCUGCAAGAUACACCAUUAUAUGAUUCAAAAGUCUGGACCACGGAAGGCCAAGGGAGACGGCAGGUUGCUGUCCAUUUUGUAAAAAAUAAUGGCAUCCUUCCUCACUCAAGUGAAUGUCUAGUUUUGAUAGAAGGAGGAAGGUUCUGUGAAAUCUCUAAACUGUCAAGCAUGUUUCACAGUGUGAUCCCUGUGAGGUCUGGCCCUGAGGACCUGGAGCUCCUAGAUCUUGCAGCACCAUUCCUCAUACGAGGAAGAGUGUGUCACUAUGGAUGUAAACAGUGCUCAAACUUGAAGCCCAUACAAAACCUAAGUGCCAUUCCUAAUAAAAGACUGUGGAUUCCUUCCUCUGUGGCAGAAGUUCUGGGCAUUGUACCUCUACAGUAUGUGUUUGUUAUGACUUUCACUUUUGAUGAUGGAACUGGAGUAUUAGAUGUCUACCUCAAGGAUUCUGGGAAGUUUUUCCAGAUCCCAGCAUCAGAAGUCCUCAUUGAUGAUGACCUUCAGAAAAAUCUGGAAAGGAUUAUGAAUGUCAUUUGUCCUCCAGGAAUAAAAAUAGAUGCAUACCCAUGGCUGGAGUGCCUCAUCAAGUCCUACAAUGUCACAAGUGGAAUGGAGCAUCAAAUAUGUUACCAGAUAUUUGAUACCAUGGUUGCAGAAGACAUCAUCUAGUGUUACUGCUCCGUGUAAUGGUGGCAUGGGGGGGGGUAAUAAAAAUUAUGACGGUAACUCUAAAAAGGUACUUCUGUGUUGUUGAAUUAUCCAUUCCCAUUAUCACUGUAGCUCUAAAUUCUCUUAUACAGAAAGACAUUGUAUUGUUAUUUAUACCUUCUUGUGAAUAUGUUGUUGAAAUGUCUUUUUCUCAACAUGUCCAGGGUAACAGCUAGAUUAUAAAAUAAAGCCACAUUUUGUGUAGAGAAACCCAAGUUUUCAUUUCCUUUUCAUGGAAUCUCCA